UCCGGUUGUCGGCGGAGGUUCGUGUGGUGAAAGUUAUCAACAUAAUUAAUUGUCAUCUAAUUUGCAUUUUAUUUAGGCAGUAUUUGGAACUUUUUGUAGCAUCAAAAUGACACACAAUGAAAGCAGAGGACAAUGGUACAAAGAGGGAGGCAUAGGUCUCGGAGUUGGCGUCUUAUAUGGAUUCACCAGCGUCUGUGUUGGACAUCCGUUCGACACAAUCAAGACCAAGAUGCAAGCACAGGUUGGCUAUGAGAAAGGUGGACUCUUCCGAACACUCAGUAAGACUUUCAAGACACAGGGUGUCAUUGGGUUCUAUAGGGGUUCCGUUCCGGUCCUAUGGGGUUCAGGCAUUUAUAGAUCCACUCAAUUUGGAGUUUUUGAAUCUGUUUACACCUUUUUGGAUAAUCCUUUUUGCAAAUCUGAGAUUCCAUUUACAGCAGGGCUGCAAGUACGGGUCUUGCUAGCCGGUGCCUGUGGUUCAACUGCAAGAGCCAUCAUCGAAUCACCUUUAGAACUUGCAAAGAUCAGAAGGCAAACGCAGCAAACCUGGCAAUUCAGAGGUUUAUACAAGGGAUUUGGCGUGCAUUGGUGUCGUACAAUGGGUUUAAUGUGUACCUACUUCAUCUUGAUUGACACUCAGAGGAGGCACUUCCCUCAAGCCUUCAAUUCUAGCGUUAUCGGACCUUUCCUAGUAUCAGGAGUCGCAGCAACGUUAGGUUGGUGGAUCGUAUGGCCUUUGGAAUACAUGAAAUCACAAGUACAAGGCAACUAUGGAAAAGACAUGCCAGUCUUAAAAAGAAUGCGGCUGGUCAUCAAAGAGCGAGGAGGAUUCUUCGGUCUCUAUCGCGGAAUCGGACCCGGGACUAUUCGUAGUUUCAUCGCGAAUGGGACUGCUAUGAUCGUUAUGGCCAACGCCCAGAAGAAGGUGUCGGAAUGGGGCUUACGAGAUUGAGAUGAUAACGUUCGAACAGCAACAAGGCUGACACUGGCGCGCUCACAUACCCGUAGUGAUCCUAUCGAGAGGGUUAGUACCAUUAUCGAGCAGGGGAAUGACCAGUUUCCCAUCAGGAGGGAAGUACCAUUAUUGGGCAGGGACUUUCCCCAUCAACAGGGAAGUACCAUUAUCGAGCAGGGGAGUGACCAGCUUCCCAUCAGGAGGGAAGUACCAUUAUCGGGCAGGGGAGUGACCAGUUUCCCAUCAGGAGGGAAGUACCAUUAUCAGGCAGGGGAGUGACCAGUUUCCCAUCAGGAGGGAAGUACCAUUAUCGGGCAGGGGAGUGAUCAGUUUCCCAUCAGGAGGGAAGUACCAUUAUCGGGCAGGGGAGUGACCAGUUUCCCAUCAGGAGGGAAGUACCAUUAUCGGGCAAGGAAGUGACCAGUUUUCCCAUCAAGAGGGAAGUACCGUUAUCGGGCAGGGAAGUGACAAGUUUCCCCAUCAAGAGGAAAGUACCAUUAUCGGGCAGGGGAGUAACCAGUAGAGGGUGAAGCAAAAAUAGCGAUCUUAUCCAGUAAAAUACCACGUGGGAAGGUCUGCCAUUGAGAACAUAUUCCAGCAGGGUUUGUAAAUAUCGCAGAGAUUCUAUCCAGUAAGAUGCUAUAAGAACAGGGUAAAGACAAAUCAUGUACUUUUGUAAUCAUGUGAGCCUUGCAAUUUUUAUUGACAUCAAAAUUUUAUUGUAGAAACAAAACAAUGCACAGACUAAUGAACUAAUCAAAUUUUUUAUUUAUUUGACAACAUUUUCAUGUACAAAUUAAUUAUCAAAUUUUGUGUGUGAUGGAGUUGGGUAGUUCGUCCUAACUUGAGAUAAGACUAGUCUUAACUCUUUGUGCUGCAACACAUCAGUGCUGCAUUAAAUAAUGUUUAUUUGCCACUAAGUUUAUCUUUUAAAAAGUUAUAUAUUUUAAACUAUUUCAGAGCUAAAACUGCAAAAAGUAUUCUUGUACCUUGCUUGUGCUUACAUUUAUUCCAGUCCUGCAUUUGUUUGGGUACUUGGUAAGUUAUUCUGAAAAGAAAAUAUCUGAAAUGUUUUUAAAAGUAACACACAUUUUAAUUUCCAAACUAAAAAUGGUAUUAUUCAAAAUCCAUGGUUGCUGAUUGCAGUAAAAGGAAAACCACGCAACUUCGAGGCAAAUGUGUGUGGAUCAUGAUAUUCUACUUUUAAAAUAUCUU